AUGAGUAUCGAAACUGGUGACACUGCAGACGUCUGGAAUGAAUCUGAAAAUCAAUACAUGAAUGCAGAAAUUCUUAAAAUCAAAACCUUUUCAGAUGGAACUCGCAAAUACUUCAUACACUUUAAUAAUAUUAAUAAAAGAUUUGAUGAUUGGGUAACAAUUGACAAAAUCGACAUGAAAUCACUGCAAAAGAAGCAAGCAAACAAACCCAAAUCAAGUGAUGCCCAAAAGAUUGAAGAAGAUCUAAAAUUCCUCGGAAAUUCGCGUAAUAUAGAGUAUUUAAGGAUGGGUGAUUAUCACUAUAAAUGUUGGUAUUUUUCACCAGUUCCUGAACCAUACUUUGAUCUAGAAACUCUUUAUUGCUGCGAAUUUUGUUUAAGAUUUUUCUCGACUCUCGAUGAAUACGAAGAUCACUGUUCAAGAUGUAAAUGGACACAUCCUCCAGGUGAUGAAAUUUACCGUCAUGGACACAUUUCCGCUUAUGAAAUAGAUGGAGGUGUUGCUUCUCGUUGGUGCACUAAUCUUUGCUUAAUCACAAAGUUCUUCCUCUUCCAUAAAAGUGCUUAUUAUGGAACAGAUGAGUUCCUUUUCUACGUUAUGUGCUUUAAUGAUACUCGUGGUGCUCAUCCAUGCGGCUUCUUUUCCAAGGAAAAGAGAGCAGAAUGUCAGAAUAACCUUUCCUGCAUCCUUUCAUUUCCAGCUUACCAGAAAACUGGUGUUGGUAGAUUUUUAAUACAACUUUCUUACGAAUUAUCAAAAAUCGAAAAAAGAACAGGUGGUCCCGAAACUCCAUUGAGUGAUCUCGGUCUUAUGGCUUACUCCAGCUACUGGAAAGCUGCUGUUCUUAAAUGCAUUGUUGAACAUGAAGGAGAGAAACUCUCUGUCGCAUCAAUUUCGGCAAUGACAGGAAUGACAGAAGCUGAUGUAAUGACUGGUGCCAGAAAAGGUGGCUACCUUGUCAAAGUUGAUGACAGAUCUCAAUGGGUUUUCGGCGCCACUAAAGAGCAAGUAAGGCAAUGGAGAGAAAAAGAAAGAAAGAGACUUAUCAAGCUUGAUCCGAAGAGUAUUAGAUGGUCUCCUUACCCUAGAAAGUGA